AUGGAUUCGUUCAAGGCGCUGCUUGCGCCGCGCGCCAACGAUGACGACGUCGUUCCCGAGUGCGAAGUUGGCGAGAACGACAUGAGCUACUUCGGCCUGCGUGUAGCAUCCAUCUUCGUCAUCUUGAUCGGCUCCCUCAUUGGCGCAGUCUUGCCCGUAUGGCUUGCCCGCAGCUCCCGAAUGAAGGUUCCGAAGCUGUGCUUCUUUGUCGCGAAGUACUUCGGUUCGGGUGUCAUCUUGGCUACCGCUUGGAUGCACCUUCUCUCACCAGCCCAGGAAGCUCUCGGUGAUCCUUGCCUGGGCAAUAUCCUCCCCGACUACGACUGGGCCAUGGGUAUCGGCUUGAUGACGGUCAUGGUCAUGUUCCUCAUCGAACUGAUCGUCUCGCGUUUUGACUUCGGCUUCGGCCACUCCCAUUCAGACGAUCACGUACAUGACCAUUCCUCAGACUUGCAAAGUGACAGCAGUGGGAACGAUCUUGAGGCUGGCCACCAGAUUGCUUCCGAGAGCAAGUCGCAUAGCACUGAUAAAGGUGGGCAGGUCCUAGGCCCCGCGAGCAACAACCGUCUCCCCGGUCUCCCCAACGACGUCAGUUACCCCCCUGGGGGAGAGGACCACCUCGGCCACGGCCGCGACCACGUCGAGGGCGAUAGCCACUCGGCCUUUGCCGCGCAGCUGACGGCCAUUUUCAUCCUCGAGUUCGGCGUCGUCUUCCACUCCGUCUUCAUCGGCCUGACCUUGGCCAUCAGCGACCAGUUCAUCAUCCUCUUCGUCGUCAUCAUCUUCCACCAGACCUUUGAGGGCCUGGGUCUCGGCGCCCGGCUCGCCACGGCAAACUGGCCCGCCGACCGGAGGCGCUGGAUGCCGUACCUCCUGGGCCUGGGCUACGCCGUCAGCACGCCCCUGGCGAUCGCGAUCGGCCUCGGCGUCCGGCAGUCGAUCCGCACCGAGGGCGCCACCAUGAAGAUGGUGAACGGCAUCUUCGACGCCAUCAGCGGCGGCAUCCUCAUGUACACGGGGCUGGUCGAGCUGCUCGCGCACGAGUUCAUGUUCAACCCCGAGAUGCGGAAAGCGGGACUCCGCGUCCAGCUGUUCGCGUACGGCUGCGUCGCGCUCGGAGCCGGCCUCAUGGCCUUGUUGGCGAAAUGGGCUUGA